ACCUGCUUCGAAUAACCAAAGCCUCUCCCGGCUCUCUCUCUCUCUCUCUCUCUCUCUCUCUCAGUUGAUUUCAAUAACAAAUUUGAACCUCAAAACCUAACUGUAAUGAGAUGGCAGAGAGAUCUUUUGAAUCCUAAGUCCUUAUUUGAUUCCGAUGUUUUCCGUCAAUGUUCGUUUACGAAGCCUCCUUGGCUGGUAUUGAUUUUUCCGCCGCUAUAGAUUCGGAUUUUAGUUUUGCGUUGGAGGUUGAAUAUGGAUAUUACCGAGGUUGAAGAAAAUCUGUUUGCUGCUAGCGAUGCCAAGUUACAUGGAGAAAUGUGCAAGGCACUCUCGGGAAUUUAUUGCAAAGUCGUAUCAAUCUUCCCUUCACUGGAAGCAGCACGACCUAGGAGUAAAUCUGGCAUUCAGGCAUUGUGUUCAUUGCAUAUAGCACUUGAGAAGGCAAAAAAUAUUCUGCAACACUGUUCUGAAUCCAGCAAGCUUUACUUGGCUAUAACUGGGGAUUCUGUUGUAUUAAAGUUUGAGAAGUCAAAAUCUGCACUUAUGGACAGCCUUAGGCGUGUGGAAGAUAUUGUUCCGCAAUCAAUUGGCUCUCAGGUAAUUUUUUCUUCUCUGCUCUUCAUUUCUUUACAAAAACUCUGUUCUUUUAAUUUUAAGUCAGGAGUUAGGAGAUCAGGGCAGAUGCCAGUUCCUCCGGAAGAAUUGAGAUGCCCUAUAUCAUUGCAGCUUAUGUAUGAUCCUGUCAUCAUUGCUUCUGGGCAAACAUAUGAAAGGAUCUGCAUUGAGAAAUGGUUCGGUGAUGGGCAUAAUACCUGCCCUAAGACUCAACAGCAGCUUUCACAUCUUUCUUUGACUCCUAAUUACUGUGUUAAGGGUCUGGUUGCCAGUUGGUGUGAACAGAAUGGGGUUCCUAUUCCUGAUGGGCCUCCAGAUUCUCUUGACCUGAACUAUUGGAGGCUUGCUUUGUCUGAAUCUGAUUCCAGUUUGAGAUUGGCAGAUAGCGAUGGUUCUUGUAAGUUGAAGGGGGUAAAGGUGGUUCCUUUGGAGGAGAAUGGUAUCGUUGAGGAGGAACAAGGAUGUGAACCCGAAGAUGGGUCUGCACUAGUGGAAGAGUCUAAUGUUGAUCUCUUAGAAGUAUAUCGCGAUUUCUUGGCUAUCUUGAAUGAAGAGGAUGACAUGAGGAAAAAGUGCAGGGUUGUAGAACGUAUUAGACUCUUGCUGAAGGAUGACGAAGAGGCCAGAAUUUUUAUGGGGGCUAAUGGGUUUGUAGAAGCAUUAUUGCAAUUUCUGGAGUCAGCCAUGCGCGAAAGUAACACUAUGGCUCAGGAAAUUGGAGCUAUGGCUCUGUUUAACUUGGCCGUAAACAAUAACAGAAACAAGAUGUUGAUGCUAACAUCAGGAGUAAUUCGGGUGCUGGAGGAAAUGAUCUCCAAUUCUCAUUCUCAAAGUUCGGCAACAGCCCUGUAUUUAAAUCUAUCCUGCCUUGGAGAAGCAAAAUCCAUUAUAGGCUCGAGCCAAGCUGUCCCUUUCUUGAUCCAGGUUCUUCAAGGGGAAACUGAAGCCCAGUGCAAGCUUGAUGCCCUCCAUGCUCUUUAUAAUCUCUCCACCCUUCCUUCCAAUAUUCCAAGUCUACUUUCAGCUGGCAUCAUCAGCAGCCUUCAAUCCCUUGCUGUCCCUGAUGACCACCUGUGGACAGAAAAAUCCUUAGCUGUAUUGCUAAAUUUAGCUUCAACACAGGCAGGAAAAGAUAAGAUGGUAUCAGCACCAGGCCUUAUUGGCGGUCUGGCAACAGUUUUGGACACCGGUGAGCCUGUUGAGCAGGAGCAAGCUGUGUCAUGCCUUGUUAUUUUGUGUAGCAGUAGUGAAAAAUGCAGUCAGAUGGUCCUACAAGAAGGGGUAAUACCUUCAUUGGUGUCAAUGUCAGUGAAUGGGACACCAAGAGGGAAAGAGAAAGCACAGAAGCUUCUGAUGUUGUUCCGCGAGCAGCGGCAACGUGAUCAACCGCAUUCAGAGUUGCAUUCACAGGUCGAAAGUAGUGAAAAGGCCUUUUCUGCUCCUGUUCCAGCUCAUACUAUCAAUGCUGCUGCAUCUUCAGAAUCAAAACCAUUGUGUAAAUCCAUCUCAAGAAGAAAGAUGGGAAGAGUUUUAAGCUAUUUGUGGAAGAGCAAGAGCUACUCAGUUUAUCAAUGUUGAUUUUGUUGCACUGCUCAUGCUCAUGUAUAUUCCGUUAUAUGCUCUUUUUGGUUUUUUUGGUCCGACUUCGUUUCUCGGCCACAUAUUUUCUUACUGUUUCUAUAGAGAAAAGGAAAGAGUUGUACAGGCCCUUGUAAUCUAUGGUUUUUUGUUCUUUUUUCUCCCUUGUUUAGAAAUACAUGCACCGGGGUGUCAUAAUUGAAGCCUUAGAUGUGACGCAGAAACAACUUUACCUUCUGAA